ACUAAAUAAAAUCCGUGUUGACUGACUUUAGUUUAAUAAAUAAUCCGUAUAAGUAAAUUAGUAUGCCUAUAAUGCAUCCCUACUAAACACUUGUUUAGUGGAGACCAACAGCUGCAUGGCAACGGCGCGUGAGCGAGCGAGUGACUGAGUGACUGAGUGACCUCCCGCCCAGGGCUUGUUUGACAGCGAUGAGAUGCGCUUACUGAUAUUUCAAAGAUCUAGCAACAGUUUUAAGACCAAGGCAGCCUAAACAAAGUGAAGGUGAUGAAGAAGGUACAAGAAGCAGACAGAGAAACUCAGAGUUCGCCUGGCCAGAGAAUACUGUUCACAGGUCCAGACGGCACUGAAGAUUUCCGUCCCAGGUUGGACUAUUUCCCCCGCAGCAUUGGAAUCGGCCCGUUAUCUCCAGAUGCCUCGAGUGAUCUCAACUACCUCUUCCGGCCUGCAGCACUCGCGACCCCGCCGUUACCGAAACACUGCUACGUCGGAGAAGUGGGCUGGGGUCUGCAGUACUCCACUGCACUCAACAGACGACCUGCCAUCAAUUUAUAUGACCCAAGAGCAUCAUAUGCAUCUCAGUGUCUCUUCAAGGAUCAGAUUAUAACUGUGCAGAAUCAGUCUCAGUUUCGGGACAAACAACCGACCUGCGGGAAGCUUGCUUGGAACCACAGCGAGGACGACAACAAACAGUUCCCGCUUAGCCAGAGAAUAUUCCAGUUACCCGUCCAGGCAGACUAG